GGGCAGCGGUGUGGGUGCAGGCACAUGAGGCGGGCUGGCAGCUGGGCAGCAAGGGUGGCACUGCCCUUGGUCCAGAUAGAGACAGAGAGCUUAAGCGCAGUGAGAGACGGCCCUGACCUACGGCACCAGGGCCGGAGGCGGAAGCAGGGAGGGGGCCGCGUGUGCACGUGGGGCAGCCUCAGCGCCGGUCGGUGUGGAAACAGGCAUUUGUAUGUGGAGACUUUCAAAAAUGGACACUAACUUAGGGCCAAACAAAACGUUCCUUUCCCUGGGUUCAGCGAGCAUCCCAGGUUUGUGGCUUUGGUGUCACCUCCAGCUUGCUGUCCCCUCACGGGGCCGUGCCUGCAGCCGUGCCCUGGCACCUUGGCAGGUGGGGACGGGAUCAGUGAGGCCUCAGCUGUUCCUCAGCUAGGUUCUCCAGUUGAGCUCAGAUCUAACCUAGUGACCACGUGGAGCUUCUGGGUCCCAGGCCCACCCCACACGCCUGUGCCAACCAUGGCAGUGUACCAGGGCAGGUGCAGGUGUGUCAGCUUCCGCACAUGCUCCGCGCCACCUCUGCACGCCCCCCAUGCUCACUCAGUUCCAUGGAACGAGGCCGAGAGGCGCCCUGAGUUGGGGUACACUCAGCGCCCCUGCGUCUCCUGGCCGGUGAGAGUACAGCCAGUGUGGCCCUGGGCCACGUGCUGGCCCCUAGGCCAGGUGCUGGAACAGACGGAUGUGAGGCAGGGUCCCUUCCCUCUGGGAGCCCAUGGUCUGUGCAGAGAGGAAGGACUUCUCUCCGUGUGUUGCCCUUUCAGGACGGGUGUUCACAGUGGGCUGGCAGGGGAGGCACCUAGGUGCGUGCUGGCUUGGGCUCAUCUCCCUGAGUCCUCAUAGCUGACGCUCAGCGAAGGUGCGACUUGCCCUGGGACUUCUAGGCAGGAGCGCGAAGCCAGGACUCAAGCCCUUGUCUUGUCUCCCUGGGGGAGGGGGCAGGGUGGGCCGUGAGCAUGGGUCACGCAGGGGCUGCUGGCACUCGAGAGCUACGGGAACACGGAGGAGCAGAUGGGGAGUGGCGUGCAGGCGGCCAGGGGACCUGGGCAGAGUGCGGGGAGCAGGGGUCCGUGCGUGCACCAGCAUGGCGUUCAGGUGAGCUCUCGGGGUGACCCAGGGUCUGCCAUCAGAUCUCCAGGCCCCAAGCCAUAGCCGGCCUCUGACCUUACUCAGCUGCUAAAUAUAGGGUGUCAGCAGCCGCUGCUCCACCACAGAGAGAAGUGUUUUUUUUUUAAUGUCCUUGAAGUGUGUCAGGGGGUUGGCUGUGAGGGAAAGGCACACUGUGGCGCCGAUGCGCACACGCGUGACGGAGAUGCUGUUCUCUCUCCAUCCACGCUUCCUCCUGUGACACCAGGGCUGGGAAGGGGAUGGAAGACACAAAGCCCGCGUGUCUGUGUGCGUCCGUGCUCUUCCCACCAUCUCCUAGAUUCCAUCGGAGGGCCAGGAGGGCGUGUAUCCCUCCCCCUCUGGCUGUCUCAGUACAAACACCCCUCAGCGACUGCCCAGGAGGCGUGGGGAGGAGACCCCGGCCACCCUCAUGGCUCUGCCCAGCCUGUAGGCCGCCCUGGAGGCCUGGGUGACGUGCUGAGUGUUUGGACAAAUCUCGUGUUUCUCCUGCCUUGUCUCCUGGCUUGUCCUUGUGGACUGGCAGGACACUGGGUGAAGGGACACGUCUCGGUCCCGAGGCCAUGAGCCUAGUGGACUUAUAAGCUGGUAGUGCUGGUGGCUGGGGACCGGCUGGCAGCCCAAGAUAAAUGUAUUCCUUUUUCUUUCCACCCUCUCGCCUCUAUCAGCUUUUUCAAGAAAUGAAAAUGGAAUUUUCUCAGCCUGUUGGCAUUUCUGUCAUUCUCUACACGACCUCUAAUUUCCUCCCUUGGCUUUCCUUGGGAAGCAAAGCUUAAGCAGAACGCGGGUGGCCAGUUUCCAGAGCUGUUCAGACACUUCACUGAAUGUCCAUCGUGGUGGCCAGGUCGGGACAAAAUGGGGCGAGGAAGCCAGCAGGGCUUUGGGCGUGAUAGGAAACGGGCCUCAGGAGCGCCUGCCCCCAGCCCCACCCCCGAGGAGGCUCCGCAGGGCAGGUGGGAUGGGGACCGUGACCCAGGCAGACCCCGGGGCCAGAGCGGGGGCUGUGGCUCCGUCCGGGUUUGUGCCCUCGGUCAGGGUGAGCUUCAAAGAAGACAACACCGCACGCCUGGAAGUGCACCAGUUUAGUUGAGUUGAACCUCCUUCCAGAAGGCUCCAUCUGGGUCAGGCUGGGAGGCGCCGGCCCCGGGAUAGCAAGUGACGCUGCAGGAGGCGCCGCGUCUGGAAAGAAGGCUUUGCCGCCAGGGAGCCUCCUCCCUCCUGCCCUGAGGGACGCUGGCAUUCUCCCUGCUUCGCUUUCGCUUUCGCGGCGUGGGUGGUGGAAGGACCCCGUCUGGACCCCAGAGCCUCCUCCCUUCCUGGAUCCCUGACCCUCCGGUGGGCUCCUGGGGCCAGCCUUGCCCUCCUAGCGGCCCGCGGCACCAAGACUCCGCUUGACCAGCCGGCCCCUGAGACUCAGUCUGGGCCCCGGGGGUGGCCGCAUGGUCAGCUGGGGCCGCACACACCUGCUCUUGGGCACCUGAGGGAGACUAGGCCUCUAGUGAGGACAGACCGUGCCCCUUUAAGCCCCACGUUUCCAUUCUCACUAAAAGCCAGUCUUUGGAACAUUUUAAGAGGGCAGCUUAGAAGCACAACGCAGCCCUUGUGCAGUGCUUUCUCUCCUCGCGGUGCUGGCCCGGCCGCUGUAACCCGCUCAGUCCUAGCGCUGCUGACCUGCGCCUGCAGAAGAGGGAAGUGGGGACCAAGAGGUCGAAACUUCCCACGUCACAGGGCCGUCAGGGCUGGGGUCUGAGUCGGACACAGGAGGUCUCGCUCGUGUCAGUCCUCUUGACCGCAGGGCUGUGCGGCUCUCCGCGGGCUGUUAGCUUCGGGGCACCAAGCGCUCGGCUGUGUUUGGGGGCAGGACGAGAGGACCUCAGCCCCUGCUUCUUCCCUCUCCCUGCCCCUCCUGUCGUGGCCUUGGGAGUCACACGUGACCCUGGCUGGCCUAGUCCUAGUGAUGCCGCCCCACCAGGGCCGACCUGGUCCCUCCCAAGGAUUUGGACACCAGAGCUUGGAGGGAACAGGCCAAGGGCACCCUUGUCUGGCCGGGGAGUGGUGUCCACGGGAACGCAGCGCUGUCUGCCGCCCCGCCCCCAUCUGGUGGAGAGGCCAGGCUGGGAAUGCAGUGGGGAAGGGACCUGCUAGCAUUCAGAGAGCUUGAUUCCUGCUGCCCAGGACCCUGGGCCACCACCACUCCUGUCCUUCGCAUCUGAACCAUUCAGCUCCUUCCCUGAAUUCCUGAGCUACCCUGGAAUCCUCCUGAUAAAUCCUCUUUUUGCUUUGCCCCGGGUGACUUGAGUCCCUUUUCUUGCCACCAAAGAAUAUUGACUAAGAGAGGUGCCCAGAUAGUUCUGGACUCCCGCCAUGGCCUUCAUCAUUUGUCACCUGGAUGCUGUAGUGACUCAGAGGAACCCCCAGCAGGAGGGAACCUUUUAAAAUGAUGCCACCCUUGGACUUCCCUGGCGGCGCAGAAUCCUCCUGCCGAUGCAGGGGACACGCAUUCAGGCUCUGGUCCGGGAAGAUGCCACAUGCCGUGGAGCAACUAAGCCCGAGAGCCACAACUACUGAGCCCGCAUGCCACAACUACUAGAGCCCGUGCUCCGCACCAAGAGAAGCCACUGCCAUGAGAAGCCCGUGCACCGCAAUGAAGAGUAGCCCCCGCGCGCCGCAACUACAGAAAGCCCGCGCGCAGCAACGAAGACCCAACGCAGCCAAAAACAACUGACGCCACCCUUAAUGCCGCCCUGCUGUGCGUGCGCUCGGCAUACUUUAGCUCUUUAACCUCCUCGCAAGGCUGUCAGCCUCCCCACGUCCUGUCCCCGCUGCGUGUGUCCACGAACCCUCGGGCCUCUGUACUCUCGGGAGGAACAGCCUGCAGGCUUCAGGCCUCGGGGGAGCCUCUCCGCCCCUCUCACCAGAGUCCUGGGUCCCCUGUGCAUACACAGAACCACAGAAGCAGCCCCGGCAGAAUGUGCCAGAGUUUUCCAUGCUGCCGGUGCCAAGCUGGUGCUCUGUGGCCGGAACGCCGAGGCCCUGGAGGAGCUCACCCGAGAACUUGCUGCUUCCCGGGCUACCGAGUUGAGGUGCCUUUUAUCCUUUUUCUUGUCUAACGGCUCCGAUUAGAACAAGCUCUGCUGAAUAGCUGCAGUGAAAGCAGACAUCCUUGUCUUGUUCUGGAGCACAGUGGAACACUUUCAGUCUUACACCACUGGACGUGAUGUUAGUUGUGCAGACUCACAAGCCUUACAUGGUGACCUUCGACCUCACGGACCCUGGGGCCAUAGUGGGGGCCGCUGCAGAGAUCCUGCAGUGCUUUGGCUAUGUGGAUGUGCUCAUCAACAACGCCGGGAUCAGCUACCGCGGCACCAUUGUGGACACCAGCCUGGACGUGGACAAGAGAGUCAUGGAGACAAACUACUUUGGUCCGGUUGCUCUGACGAAAGCGCUCCUGCCCUCUAUGAUCAGAAGGCGCCAGGGCCACGUUGUCGCCAUCAGCAGUAUCCAGGGCAAAAUCAGCGUUCCCUUCCGAUCCGCGUACGCGGCCUCCAAACACGCGACCCAGGCCUUCUUCGACUGUCUGCGGGCCGAGGUGGAGCAGCAUGACAUCGAGGUGACCGUCAUCAGCCCCGGAUACAUCCACACCAACCUCUCCCUCAACGCCGUCACGGCCGACGGGUCCAAUGAUGGACAAGACCACGGCCCAGGGCCGAAGCCCCUCGCAGGUGGCCCGAGACGUGCUGGCUGCCGUGGGGAAGAAAAAGAAGGACGUGGUCCUGGCCGAUGUGGCGCCUUCCCUGGCUGUUUACCUGCGCACUCUGGCUCCCAGGCUCUUCUUCAGCCUCAUGGCCUCCCGGGCCAGGAAGGAGCAGAAACCCAAGCAUUGCUAGUGCCUGUCCGGGCAGGUGGCGCGGCAGCACCGCUGCUCCACAGGGACAGGUGUGUUUGCGUGGACUGUACUGGAUUCUUGCCUCAUGGCGGGGGUGGGGAGGGAGUCAUGCCUCUCUCGCAGACCCCCAGCCUGUCCUGCUGGAGGAGGACAGGCUUCCUCCGGGGGGAGGGGUAAAAUGCAGCUGGAUCUAAACUCUAGGACGUGAAGUAAAGGGUUGAGCUGUG